AUGGAUCUGACUGAGCGAUGGUCCCGUUGGGAAAAAAAUCAUGGGUUUCAGAAGCUCGCUACCGGACUUACCGUUCCACCGCUGCCGUCUCUAUCUCCUGCCGACUUCGACGUGGUUCGACGGCAAAGCAUUCAACGCCAAGGAAAUGUGUUCUAUGGGAUAUUGCAAGAUGUAGAAGACCAUGAGCUUGAUGAUGUUGACAGCCUGAAAGCAGAAGGCGAUGGCAACCUGGGUCAGUUGCCAUCGAGGGAAAAUGAUGGAGCGAUGCAAACCGCUUUGGAAAGUGCGUUGUCAAUGUCCUCCGCUGUCGACAGUCAAACAGAACACUACGUCGCCCUCAGUCCAUGGUAUCGACAUCGUCGAUCUAGCCUAGGCUUGUCUCCUGUAGCUCUCGUGACGAAUGACCGCAUGCGGGCCACCCGUGACCACAUCCCAGGUCUUCACUCAAGUGCCAUCCACCUCAACCUCCAACCAUCUUUUGGUCUUUGCCACAAGGAAGAGGUGGACCUGCAGCUGACAUCGCUCCUUUGGACGGGAGCGCCGGUGGUGUGGGUGGUCAUAUCACCGAUGCACUCGACCAAAUUCGAGAGACAACUGGUGGACCACCUUCACAUAUCGCCCCAUUGCAGUCAAUUUGUCCGACAUCACCAGCUGAUAAUCCCGCCGUCCCUUUUGGACGCCUGGGAGGUCGAAUUCAGCAUUUUUGCGCAGGUUGCGGGCGAAGCCGUGAGGUUGAAUUAUCAAACAUACUAUUACCAAUGGCGCUUGGGUGCAAGUAUAUCGGAGACCAUCAACGGCUGUGAACAGGUCUGGGGUCCGCCGCCCUUCUACCAGUACUGUCAGGUGGGUGAUGUGAGAUGCAAAUCGCAGUCACCCAUCACGGCCGCCAAUAUGGAAAUACCUUUCCGUCAUGCACGAGAGCUUCGUGAUCAACCCGGUGACAGCCUCGAAACCCUGAUCAUCGCCCCUUCUGUUGAAAGGACCACAUCACCGAGCGCCAGAUCGCUUGAGUCGGGUAAGUAUAGCACUCUUUUUGUUCAGCAAGACUCCCCGUCAGGAUCUUCAUGUCGUGGGCUGCCCUCCCCGACCAUAGGCCCUGAGAAUGGCGUUCAAGAUGUCGCACAACCUGCUCCAGGCUCAAACCACGGUUCUUUCACCACCCUUCGACGUGCCCGGCAGGCGACACUCCGUCUUCCAGCUUCCAGCCUCGGCUCCAGAGAACCAAUUUCACCCGUGAGCUCGACACAGGAAAGUUCAGAUGAAGCUUUAUCCGGCGAUUCGGAUGAGCCAGUUGACGAUUUUGAGUCGGAUGGAGAUAACUCCAAUCCACCAGCUACACCAAGCCGAGUCGAACGCGCUGCUCUGCCACCAUUCCAACCUUCGCUCUCCCAGCUCGAAGCAACAGCGGCAUUCCCAUCGACAGGGGCGAUCCCGGCCUCCUUCGACCCCACGCUACAGGAAGGCAAUGCGUUCGGUCGACUCACGAUCGGAAGUGGAAGCGAAGGAAGCUCGGCAACGCCGGUGAACGUCAGGAGUCUAGCCCUGCUGACGCCUCCUAGCACGGGAAAGUCGACCCGGAACCACGAGAUCCGGGAAUCUCCAAGUCGCGAGACGCACGACCGGGAGAUUGACCAGUACAUCGAAUUUGGGAUCCAAAAUCGGGACAGCAUUGCCUGGAAGUACAUCUCACCAGAGGAUGCGGGAGAAGUGUUGUCCAGGUUCCGGCCUCAGGUCUGGCUCAAUACCAGUGCCAUUAUGGAGACCCUUUCUCAUAUGGUGGACGCACGACCCGACGUGUACGUUGUGAACGCCCAUUCAUUCAGUACGGCACUUCGCACCGGUGAACUCGAUCCGAUUGCUUCUCACUGGGGCCUGGCGACGAUCAUUUUGAUUCCCGUGCAUCUAGAGGAGAAGAAUCACUGGUUCCUGGUCAGCCUCGAUCUCCAACGUCGUGUCAUCUCAAUGCACGAGGACUCUAUCAUCCGCAGUGUAGAAGAUCUGUUCCUAGAUUACCUGCUCGAUCAAGAUGCGUGGACAGUGGAGCAUCCUCAGGUCCUGGUGAAUGAUGGACACAAUUGUGGUAUCAUUCUGCUGAGGGAAGCCGAGGCGAUCUUGCGACCGGACACGGACAUCCCCAAUGACUUUAAUUUACUGCGGCAACGGUAUGUUCGCAUGGUCGUUCAAGGUCCAUCACUUCGAAAUUUUCCUUCAGGGAUAUCGAACCCGAGAACUCAGAGUUCAGAGCUUUCGCCAGACGAAAAUCUUUCCAACGACAUGAUCCUGAAUUCUCCCGAGCAAGAAACACCAUUGAGUCAUGCGGAAUUGGAAACACUUGCCUCCGCGGUCGGAUGCGAUAGAGUUUUAGGAGACCUCCAGGGUCUGUUCGAGACUCUCCGUGUCACUCCUGUUCGUGGUAUCGAGCAGGCCACUCAGCGGUACAUCGAUGCAAGAGAUAAUCUUAGGACCGAGGCGCAAAAGCGUGCUUUUGUGGCUCACAUAUUGGACAGCGAAAGGCCCGAUAUUGAGCGGGCCCUACGGAUCUGCGCGAUGGAGUCGGACUCGGCGACUGCGGACGAAAGAGUGGUCGCACAAAUGAGCACGCUGCAGUCAGGUGUAAACCUGUACAGCGAGGGGGAAAGCUUGGAAAUCCUUGGUCCGUUCCUUGGUCGGGUCCAGAAGAGUCUCGCGGCAAUCUACAUGGCGAGAAUAUUUGAAGUGCUGGUUAAGUAUUUCCGCGAAGCAAAAAUAGCCCGACGGGAAACUCAGAAGAGAAUCAAAAAUCAUGAGAAUUACAGGCGUCGGCGCGAAGCUCAAGGUUAUAAAGUCACGAAACGACGCAAAGAGGCAGAUGGUUUCGAAGCUGUACCAACAAAAGCCUCGAGCACCAGUAUUGAGGAGAUUUCCGCACUAUCAAUGGGCCAUGCAGACUCGGAUGCUUACGAUUUGCUGGCGGGGAAUUGCGAACGUAAAGAGAAAGAUAAAAAUCGGGAAAAUGUAAGAGUGGCCAGAAAUUUGGGAUCGCAGCUCCUGGCAUAUGAAGCUGAAGCCGGGCCCGGGUGGCCCUUGUGGAUGUUCAUCCCUACAAACCAGAUCUCGUCUCCAGCCGAUUCGUCUUACAAUGUCACCGCGAAAAAAUUUCUGAGGCUCCAGGGUGCAGACAAACCAGUACUGGUCGAUAUGGUCAGAACAAACAAUCCACGCCUAUGGCAAGCAUUGCCAAGAUUUGCUGAAAACAUCCAUCGAAUCCUUCGCGGCGAGGAGAUCGGGUUCGAACUUUUGCAAGAAUUGCGCUGA